UGAAACUAAAGUUUGGUCUAUGUUGGAUAAGGCAAUUUGGGUUUUUCUUUUUUCUUUACGCUGUUCAAACUGUGUUCAUGGCUUCAUCUUUUUUAACAAAAGCACUUGUAUAAAUCCGAUCCAACAAGUUUUCUUCUUCUUCGUUAAUGUCUUCUUUACCCCCUUACUGCUACCAUUUCUUGGAACAGCCUCAGAGUCAUAAAAAAUGGCCAGUGGGGGUGAGAAAAUGUCCACAAAGCUGAGGACAAAGCUAGCCGUUGCAGUAAAGAGCAUUCAAUGGAGCUAUGGCAUUUUCUGGGCACCUUCCACUACCAAGCAAGGAUCAUUGGAAUGGAAUGAAGCGUACUACAAUGGAGAGAUCAAGACAAGGAAGACAGUCCAAACUAUGACGGAACAAAAGGCUGACAAAAUAGGGUUUCAGAGAAGUGAGCAGCUAAGAGAACUCUAUCAGUUUCUUCUUGUCAGCGAUACCGAUUUGCAGGCUAAAAGGCCUUCUGCUGCAUUAUCUCCAGAGGAUCUCACAGACUUGGAGUGGUACUACUUGGUUUGCAUGUCAUUCAUGUUCAGCCACAGCCAAAGAUUCUUGUGUCAUUGUCAUAGUUUGCCUGGAAGAGCACUAGAAAAUGGUGAAACUAUCUGGUUAUGCAAUGCUCAAUAUGCGGACUGCAAAGUUUUCUCCCGCUCUUUGCUAGCAAAGAGUGCAUCAAUUCAGACUGUGGUGUGUUUUCCCUACCGUGGAGGCGUUGUUGAGAUAGGCACAACUGAGCUAGUCCCAGAGGACCCUAAUCUCAUCCAACAUGUCAAAACUUGCUUCUUAGAAUUCUCAAAACCUAUCUGCUCUGAAAAUCCUUCCUUUGCACCUAACAAAGCAGAUGAAGAUAAAGAUCCAACAUGCACCAAGAUUGAUGCUUGGGCAUUGAAUGAUACUCUGACUUUGGAAGACCUUAGUUCGCCUGCCAAGGAACUAAAAGAAGAUAACUAUGAAGAGGUUGACAUGGAUUCUUCUGAAGAAUGUUGCAAUGGUUGUGAACAUCACUGCCAGGUGGAAGACUCUAUGUUCGAGUGCAUCAGUGGUGCCCAAGAUUCCUUGAGUUCUGGAGAUUGUAUAUCUGAAGCGCUUGAGAAGCAAGCCAAGGAAGCUACAAAUGUAGAUCGAGGCCAAUUGAAAUUAACAGGACUUCAUGACUGCAAUCACUCAAAACUGAGUUCCUUGGAUAUUGGAACCGUUGAAGACUUGCACUACACAAGAACUCUCAGUUCCCUCUUGGGAAACUCUUUGAUGUUUAAAGGGCAUUCACAUGCUAGCAACUCAAAUUGUAGGUCGAGUUUUAUACCAUGGAAGAAUGGCAGAGUUGUUGAGAGGUUGAGGCAAAAGUUAGACCAAAGCAUGUUAAAGAAGAUUUUGUUCACUGUCCCUCAGAUGCAAAACAGAUGCGUCUCUUCCAAGUCACCAAAACAGCAUGAUAGAACAGAAUUUCACAGAAAAUUGGACAGUGAUGAUCAUUGUGUGGGGAAGGCUUUAUCUGAUGAAAGAAGAGAAAGCGAAAACUAUCAGGUUCUCAAGUCCAUGGUCCCUUCUAAAGAUAAGGUGGACAACAUUUCAAUCCUCAAUGACACGAUCAAAUACAUGAAAGAGCUUGAGGCAAAAGUGGAAGAACUAGAAUCUUGCAUGGAUAUUGCAGAUUCUGAAACCAGAAUGAGAAACUCAGAAGUUAUGGAGCAGACAUCAGAUAACUGUGACAUCAGAAAGAUUUUCAAAGCAAAGAAACCUCAGAAGAACAAGAGGAAAGCUUGUGACAUUGAUGAAUACUGCGCAGACUUGAACAGUAUAGUGAUUAAAGAAGGCAAAUCAUGGGAUGUAAAAGUGGACAUGAAGGAGCAGGAGGUUGUGAUUGAGAUGAAAUGUCCUUAUAGGGAAUUCAUAUUGCUUGAAAUCAUGGAUGCUAUAAGCAACGUGCAUUUAGAAGUUCACACAGUUCAAUCUUCAACAGUUGAUGGAUUCCUCAUAUUGACACUUAAAUCUAAGUUUCGAGGAGCAGCAAUUGCGCCAACGAGGAUGAUCUAUGAAGCACUAUGGAAAGUUUGUGACAAAACUUGAGUUUUCUGUUCGGAUUUCUUGGCAUUGAACAUUUGAGAUUAUGUAACUUCUGGCAAAUUGAAUGAACCUUAAUUUCAGCUACACUGUUUCUAACAUCUCAAUCAGUUUUGCAAUCUGAUAUGCAUGAGAAUGAUUUGUAAUUUUCUACAUGAAGUGUUCAUUGCAGGAUGAAGGCCAGGAUAUUGCUUGAAAAAGAUUCUGUAGCAUUUGUAUAUAUACUAGGAACUGAUGAGGUAGAUUUAUAUAUAUGAUCUAGCAAACAUGUUAAACAUUUGGUUUAUUAAUAAAUUAGUAAUUAUUUAUUAGAUC